UACACUUGAAAAGAAUUAAAAACAAAUAGACAUAAUCUUAUAAUAAUACUUGAUAAAAAUACUAAGAUUCCAUUUUCACGUGAGUCAUUUUCAUGUUCACAGUAUUGAAUACCGAUGCAUUUAAAUCGUAUCAGUAUCAUUGUUCCGGGAAAACAAGAUUAAAUGCAAAUGCGUAAAGUGUCUCCCCAGAUUAACCUGUGCGAUUCGCACAGGCUCAUCAGGGACGAAACUUUCCGCCUCACCUUGGUUUUGGCUUAAAGAGACAUCCUUUUAACGAAUAAUACAAUAACAGCGGAAAGUUUUGUGCUAGAUUAGCCUAUUCAGACCCCACAUGCCACUCUGGGACGACACUUUACGCACAUGCAUGACGCCCGGUUUUCUCCGAGCGAGGCUCAAUCGUUUUAACAAGGACCAUCAUGAUAUUGAGUUUUACAAAGAAUCACAUUCUAAAGAGUAAUGCUUGUAACUUUGAUUAUGUUUAGUUCGAAAUAUAAGGAAGUGACUUUCAACCACAACGAUGACGUCUUCUUGUGGAUAUGUGUGGAAUUCUUCAGAGCCAGCAACUACUCGUACUACUUCUACCUGUACUCAAAAACGGAGCCGUUGUAUGAAAAUGUGCGUAUAUUCGGAGGCGCUCGGGACACGACGACAGCCAAUCAGACUUGCGCACAAACCCAGAUGGCGGCCCAAGAGUUCCACACGCUCGUACGGAAAGGUAACGAAACUGCUGCAAUAAGUGCGGUCAACUGCCCCGACCCCCUGCUCGGCUCCUUCCAGUUCACAUACACGAACAAGUCAGGAACGUAUUGUGGUAACGUCAGUACCGCCACUAUCAACGCGUGUGAAGCGGCGACGUUACGUACCCACGUCCUCGUAAACAAUAGUGGCUGCUCGAACGUUCGUCCUUUUUAUUCAGACACUGGUCGGCUGGGGUGUGUGGUCAGUUUCACGGCUUCCGGAGUCUCCUACGCCUCGCUGUAUAACCUUGACCCAAAUCCGAGCACAACGUUUGUCUGUGUGGCAGCCCAGGUGGUCGGUAACUCAACCCGCUUAAGCAUGAGCCCCGGGGACUGCACGGCUAUGCAGACGCCGACCGUCCGACCGUCCGACAGCGGGGCCACCAUGGUGCUAGAGCAAAACGGAGCGCCAUGUAAGUACUGGUUUUCAUUUGCACGGUUCUAUUACUACAACUACUACGACGACGACCACUACCACCACGACCACUCCAACAACAACAACAACAACAAGAACAACAACUCCUACUACAACUACAACAACUUCGACAACUUCGCCCUCUUCCACAAUAUCAACCACCACAACCACUACUGUUGCAUCUUUUACCACCAGUUCCAUGUCGUGGUUGUAUGUUUUUAUUCCGGGAGCCGGAGCAGUGGUUUUAGUCUCGGUGGUUGCGGCCUGCGCUCACGUGCUAAUGCGUGCGCGAGAGAAACGAAUCGCACAAGUGAAAAGUGCGCUGUCAAUGGUUAUACAUCCUCUCGGCGAAAUCUCACAAUCUCUCGAAUGCCCCGCGAGCAUGGAACGAGACUACAAGUACACAAACUCGGAACUGCGGCGAAUGAAGAAAACUUUAGACCAAGAUGGGCGGCUGUCAAUGAUCGGAGAACGCUCACUUAAACUUGUUUUCUACACUAGACGUCAAAGUGCCGUUUCCGGACGUGACGUCAUAUGUGAAUUAGACCAAACCACGGCCACCAAACAACCUCCGCCCACUGUCUUUGGGCGUACCGGCACCAAACGCACACUUGCACACUUGAAGGCCUUUAAUAUACACACCAUCAAGAGAUCCACCGAGUCUGGAACUACAACUAUACAUAACAAUGUCAAAGCCGCGUCUUCAAUUAAGCUGCCGGGUACCAGUGAGCUGAAACACUUUCAAGGACACAAUCUUAUUAAAACAAAUGCGAAUGCGAGUGAACACGGGCAUUGGCCAUUAAAGGAUGGUAAAAAUGCUCCAAGUAUUUCCGAUGUACCUGAGGUAGUUUUAAAGGCGGAAAAAGUGCAGUCAUAUUCGGGUCAAGGUUUAAAAAGGUCAAGGUCAAAUCUCGAUCGCACUCGUGUGGAAAACAUGAGCUUGAUCUCUCGCGUGCAGUCGAAUCUGACGUCGAAACUGACGAAAUGGAUGUCGAAGAGCGAAUCGUCCCGAAACGCAGUGGUGCCUGGAUUGCAGCAAAGCAUUGACGAAUUGGUGACGUCUGUAAAGUCAGAGGAAUCGGAACGACCGGGCGGAUUUCUUAGAAGUAACGCUGUAAACCUGUCCUCCAAAAAUAUUGGAAAAGAUAAAGCACCAAAAGCUUCAAACAACGCUUGUCUACACGAGGAGAUUUCAAAGAGCUCGAAACCAGCCGACACAAUAAGGACGACAGAGCCCGUCUCACUGGCGCUCUUACCGGAGGAGGUCCCGACGGCGCCCUCACCGCUCCGACCCUACCCCAGUCCGGAUGUUCCAACCGCUCCCUUGGUCGACGCGUUUCUUGCAGGGGGAAGUCAGCAGGGGCUUCCGAUGGAUCAGAGCAGAGCGGAAACUGGAACGACGAGACCGAAAUUCAGUAGAAGUCUGAGUCAGACCACGAGUAACUUGAGGGUCCCCGGAUUCACGAGAAAUUCGUGGCGAUAAAAUGAACAGUGGGGUGAUGACUUCUCUUAUCGUCAUAUUUAUUACAAACAGUAGGCUCAAUAUCGUUGUCGUUUGUACGAUCUUACAUAAUUAUUGUUAACGCCACCAUCGUCGUUACAAUUAUCGUGUGUUCUACCCAUUAAUGCUUUUCAAUAAAAUAUUCAUCUAUUUUAA